AUGCACCUGGAUCCAAACCUGGAUUUGGAUCUGGACCUACUUCCACCGACAAUUCGUCAAGCCAUGAAAGUUCCACUGAUACCGACACCAGCCAUGUCCACAAACUCUGCCGAGCCACCGGCAAAGCGCUUGAGGAUGAGCAGCAAUGAAUCGACCAGUGCUACAUCCGUAUCGACGCUUCAAGACGUACUCCCCAGCUUUGUGGAAACAAAGCAAUUCGCGUGCUAUGUUUCUUCUGAUGAUCUCGAAAGUAUGAUCUUCCGCACCGAAGAUUUGCAGCGAGUGACCAACACGUUCGGGUCAUACCUCUUCAACAACGGUACCGAGGGUGACAUGAAGAGAGUCUUCAAGUCUUGCGAGGAGACAGCCAGCAGUCUCCGCAGUACACUCGAAGACCUGGAGGCUAGAGCAACCAAAUCCUCGACGGAGAUGGAUGAAUAUAUCAGCAACGAAGCCAACAUGGAGAGCUUGAUCAAAAAGGCAACGAGAUCCACAGCAACGAUGGACUUCUUGAUCAAGACCGCAAUUGAAAGGAUUGUCGAUAACGAGUUGUCAUGCCUCGCUAGCUUGGAUGGAACAUAUCUCGACCUGACAUACAAGAAAUGGUACAGUCGACUUGAUGACCCGGACAGCUUUGUGGUGCCGAUCAAAAAAGCUAUGGAGGAGGAUCCGACGCCACUCGAGGACCUCGAAGCCAAAAUCAGGCAGUACUUCAGGCGCGACAUGGUUCAGAAGGCGACGAAGGACUUUGAACUUCAGUUGGAAACACAGUGGAAGGACUUGAGAGUCUGCGGCAAGACCAGUGAAUGAGUGAAUCAGGGACAAGCGGACGGCUCAUUUGCAACGAGGAUCAUAUUGUUUGCUGGGCUAAUGUUGCUGGUGAGGCUUUUGAGCGAGGACGAUGCUCGAGAACGCUGGCCUGCUAUCAAAUAUGAGAUGUCGGCAUUGUCAGGAAGACAUCGAGGCAAGAAGUGACAGUUAUUGCUACCUCAUGCAGCCAUACACAUGAAUAUGAC